UUUUUUUUGUGUGUGUGUUGAUGUUGGUGCGAGUGCCGCAAAUUUCAUCGCGCAUAUGUCGAGUUGAUACGUCGGGAGUGCGGAGUGUACCGGCUGGAGGAGGCGGGAGGCAAAAGAUGAUGCUGAGCGUGUUGAAGUUGACGUGCGCCAUCGCGACCAGGGCGCUCUUUCUCUUGGUGUCGCUGGCGGGCGUGUGGCGGGUGACCUGGGUGAAGGGCGACCACAUCUUCUGGCUGCUCACGCUGCUCUUCGCGCCGCUUCUGCUGGAGAUGGUCGUCACGCUGAAGAGGAGGAAAGGCCAAGAUUACAAAUGGUUUUCCCCUCCCAUCUUUCUCUUUCUCAUCAGUAUCAUUCCCUCCAUUUGGAUCCUGGAGCUGCACUACCAGCAGGACAAAGCCGGCGACCCUCAGUGCAAGAAGCUCGACUCCUGGGAGAACGUGAAGCGAGUCAUCACCCUGAAUGAGACCACGGGGGACAACCUCACGUACCAGAACUACCUGGAGAACAUCAACCAGGCGCUGUGCUCCAACGAGUGGAUCCUCGCUCUUCAUCAGAUCCUGCUGGUUCUCCUCAUCGUGGGAAAGUGGCUCCUCCCCUUGGGGGGCGGCGUCACCAGAGACGAACUCUCUCAGCUCCUUCUGAUCUUCGUCGGCACGGCGGCGGACAUCCUCGAAUUCACCAGUGAGACGCUGUCAGAUGUCAAAGAGAACAGUCCUCAGUUGGUCUAUAUCAUCUUAGCCGUAUGGACGUGGAGCAUGUUGCAGUUCCCGCUCCAUUUGGCUGUGGUGAAUUCCAAGUCGGACUCGUCGGACGAUCGGGAGGCACGCGAGGUGUCCCUCCUGACCAAGCACAGCACGGACAUUUGGGGUAUCGUGGAGGCCUUGUUUAUCCAGGACGGCCCCUUCCUGACGGUGCGGCUCACGGUCAUGACCUACUUCGACGUCUUCCACCAGAUGCUGGUCUUCUUCGCCAUCAAGAACUUCCUGGUGGUCAUUUUGAACGUCUACAGGCUAGCCGUCAUCUGCCAGGACUUCAGACUUUCUCGGAGCGGCAGCGGCCUGGGCGGCGCCACCCCGUAAUGAGGUGGAAUCCAAAUACUGUAUCGGGGCUCACGGGGAAACCCUGAGUGAUUCUCAAGUAUUUUGAUUUUGGACGACAAUACCUUUGCCUUGUGUCCCUCAAAGUCAGUUCAUCGGGAAUAGUGGCCUUUUCAACUUCGGUGUACAUGCUCCGUCGCUCUCUCGCUAAACUCACAGGACAGUUGAUCAGUUCUCAUGGAGGACUGGACUGGAGUAACCGGAGCGGUGCUCAAGCCGAACAGGAAAAGAGGAAGCGGGACAGGG